CCUCCCCGUUCGUAUUUCUGAAUGUUUCCACGCCGGAGAUUGACUGGGACCGUUCAUUCUUCGGAAGCGGGCACAACAGGCGCCAUUCGCCUAGGCCAUCUAGACAGUUCAAGGAGUUCAUUCGGUGGUGGGCACAUUGUUGGGACCAUCGGGGCUUCAUAUAUAUCUUCGUCUUCAUCAUCCUCGUCUUCCAGAUCCUCCUCACCUGUGAUCAAUCCUGUAAGACGGUCUUUGCGCGUUGAAACCCGACGUCGGACAACGGCGGCACUUCAGCACUCGCUUGGGCAUACCCUAUCCCGCCGUAGGCCUGAAGUGAUGGAUUCAACAACCCGCCGUGGAACUCGUUCCUGGGACGAUCCGUCUCUUGCCUCUUCCAGCGCACAAGUCCGGAGUGCUGUCUCUGUCAAUUCCAAACCAAUGAAUCGAACUCGACGACGUGCUUUGCUUCGUUCCCCAAUUGUUCGCCUUAUUCUCUCGUCUAGCAAUACCUCUCCACCAUGUCAACCAGAUAACUCGAGCCAGUCAUCAACAUCCGCGGUGGGGCAACCGACUCGUGAACGUUCGUCACACCGCGGAUUGGACGACAGUAUUCGUAUUCUGCGCAUAGAGGGUGGGGAUACUACACGACCAGUGCGACCAAGAACCACUCGCUCCGGUACAAGAGCUACUCGGACAAAUCCACUUGCCCGGCGCCGUUCUCAACCGACCCGCACCGCAGCUGUACCGCCUAACCCGACGUUGGAGGAGGCAGGUAGUCAACUGGAAUCACAGGUCGCCGUGGACAGCGAAGAAUUCCGUGCUAUCUUGAACGCAAACAGGACAAAUACAGGUGACGGGGACGAUGAAUGCGUCAUUUGUCUAGAUCCGAAGGCUAACCGAAGCAUCGUUCUGCCCUGUAUGCAUACUUUCUGUUUUGAGUGUAUUUACCGGUGGCUGUGUAUCAAUCCCUCGUGCCCCUUGUGUAAAAGACUGGCCCAUCGCAUCAUUCACUCCAUACUAUCGGAUUCUGACUUUACGGAAACUCUAGUUUCUGAGUUGCAAAGUCAGCGCAGUGCAAACGGAACGCACCGGCUUACUGGUCUCCCACCGGGCUUUGAGUUGGAGGAGGAAGGUAAUUCUACUACUGGGGGUCAACAAUCGCACCAUCAUUUCCACUACCAUCUAGAGGCAGCGCCUGUUCGAUUUUUAGAUUAUCUUGGUGGAAUGACCCACCACCGAACAUCCGCCGGUCCGCCAUUAUUCAUCCCUCCCAUUCUCAUCCCGUCCGAUUCUCCUCUGUCACGAACAUCUCCCAUUGAUACCGUACUGAGCGGAAGCGCCAAUGGGUCCCGCCACAUCCCAUACCGUUGGAGCACAGAAUACGAAUCUUCUGCCGAAACCCACAGGUCUCUACUUGUUGACCUGGUGAACAAUGCACUGCGCCCACGAUUUUCCUCGCUACUCGACGGUCUGCUACUCCGUCAACUGGUUUACGUAUUCGGAUUCGACUCAUUGCCUGUGUCAGAAGACCCCCAACUGGAUCGAGACAUCAGCCCUCGUUUUUUGGCGGACAACGAAGCGCAACGUCACCGUCUUGAAGCCUUCGUGCGCCGAGAACUGCGGGUUCUGGCACCCUGGUUAGCCUAUCAACCGAACGAUUCAUCUUCUGCAUCAGCUCUUCGGGACCAACCGGGUGAGGCUGUACAUGAGCAUGCUAUUCCAGCCGUCACUUCACCUUUGCUUUGUGGUGCACCAGGACUUCUAGCUGAAACCGUGGAAUUGGACUCAAUAACCAGUCGUGUUAUGCAACAUUUCACCAACGUUUCCAUGACUGACGACACAGCACUGGUCGAACUCCUGUCUUCGUUCCCCUCGCUCCGCCCUCCACUUGUUCCCGCUACUUACCUGUCUCAUUUUGCCUCUGAGGUUGUACAGUUCGCUCGAUACACAGGAACAUUAGAGCAGUACGAUUCCGCUGUGUGUCUCUACCGCCGUAGGGUGAGCACUGCACUCACCUCGCGUCUUCAAGAUCGAUCUAGAUCUAGACGUCCAGAUCCGCGCCUUGCGGUGUACGUUGCAUCUGCAUGUUGGCCCCGCCUUCGUCCAGGAUUUGCCCAGCCUCAAGGUCUAAUCACACAUCCUUUGAAUACCUGGCUCCUUCAACGCCUCUUUGUACAUACUGUUACGGGUUCUACACACCCAGCUCAACUCUCUGGAACGGGCGAACCUCCACCUACCCUACCGGAACGGAUUGUCUUUCAAGCCCUGUCUACUCCCAAUUGUCAUCCCAACUGCGUGCGACUUUCCAACAUUUCUCGAGCGCUUUUAGGUGCUUUACCUUCAUUAGCACGGAUGCGUUCCCAGGCUGCAGUCCGUCCAGUGGAUUCCUCAGCAAGUGAAAGAUACGAUAAUUCCCAGAGUCCGCUCGGUUUAAACGUCUCCCGUCGGAUGACUGGUGCAGAGUUAUAUCCCAAUCGCCUAUUGUAUCAGCGCGUACUCAGUGAGUUGAUCGAUCAGGCUCGGUUCAGUGAAGCACUUUCCGAAUAUUUCCACCAGUACUUAUCUGCACGUGAGCAACGAAACAAUACGGCUCCGGUUGAUCUUACACAACCGAAUGGUUUAGAGACGGCCGAAGGACAUUCAAACAUUGUGGGAAAUCAUCUUGGUUCAUCAAGACGUACAGAAACUGUAUCUGGCAUGCUCCAACCUGCAUUGAAGGUGCACCCCUUGGCCCUUCGACGUUUGAACGGCUUGCUGCUCCUUUUUACAGCUCGAAUACCUGGACUCGGGAACGGUGUUGCUUCUGACGAUGGGGACGACGAGGAUUGGAUGAGUGAAUUGCUGCACAUGCCCCUUUUGCAAAUGACCGUACCUUCUACCAUUGUUGACCUCACUUCAACACGGGGUCGUUUAUCCAGAGCGCGCAGACGGCCUGUUGAUGUGUCUACCCGACAAUCCAACUUUUCUGGGGCGGACUGGACUUUUCUGCGACAGCUUCCUUGGGAUAGCAUUAGCAGUACGUCCGAACGAAGAUCAGUUCCCAGACCCACCGUUACCGCAGUGGAUGAAACGUCUUCUGUCGCGAAUUCAAAUGUAGAGUCUAUUUUAUCCUGCCUACACAAUCAGGUUUCUUUGAAUCUGCCUUCUGCGGAAAGCCAUCCUGAAACCGACCAAAGCGAACCACCUAGAUCAAGCCGUUACAGUUCGCCGACGUUGGAAUCUGGUUGGCGAAAUCCCGCCCCAUCUUGCGUUGUUAUCUCGUCUGAUUCUUCAUCCUCAUCAUCGUCUGAUGAAGAAAACAGGGUUGUUCACAUCAACACAGUUUAUCCACUAACUACUGAUGAGUCAGGAUCAGAAACAGAGUCUAAUUGCACUGAGGUUGAGCGUCGUAUUUCUCGUAGCCAGCCCUUAAGGAGUAUCCAGAAGGGAUCCAACGGUGUAACUUGUUUGCAAGAACCUAGCUUGCUGGAAAACGCGGACGUUAGGGAAAUUGAGACAGAUGCAGGUAAUUUGUCGUUGAAUCAAGAACCGGCCACUUCCGUAAGUGCUACGGAACCCGUAUCCCCUGUAGUGGGUAAUCUCGGUACUCCGCGAGAAGAACCCAUGGAGGUGGAUGAGCGACCAGAGGAAGGAUCUGUCAUGGCAACACCUGUUGCUUCCGGGUCUAAACGUCCAGCCAGUUCUGAGACCCCCAAUUCAUCGAACGACGCUGUAUCCGAUCUAAACAGUGGGCUUUGUCCAUCGAAGUUGGCCAGACUGGAGGCCUACUUUUCCGGUCUGCCUCGCGAAUGGCAGCAUAUUUUAUGGUUGCGUGCAAAUGAAAGCUUCCAGUCGCCAUCUAAUACCUCUCGUCCAUCACUGCCUAAGAGAAUGCGGCAUAGUGGGACUGGUGGCAUACGAACUCGAGUCUCGCGUAGUCGCAGUCCGGUCUGCGUCGACGAUACCGAUGAUAGUGACUGCGAAUUACUACACGAGUAUAUCAGUCUAGACAGUGAUUGACCAACCGGGUGAGGCUGUACAUGAGCAUGCUAUUCCAGCCGUCACUUCACCUUUGCUUUGUGGUGCACCAGGACUUCUAGCUGAAACCGUGGAAUUGGACUCAAUAACCAGUCGUGUUAUGCAACAUUUCACCAACGUUUCCAUGACUGACGACACAGCACUGGUCGAACUCCUGUCUUCGUUCCCCUCGCUCCGCCCUCCACUUGUUCCCGCUACUUACCUGUCUCAUUUUGCCUCUGAGGUUGUACAGUUCGCUCGAUACACAGGAACAUUAGAGCAGUACGAUUCCGCUGUGUGUCUCUACCGCCGUAGGGUGAGCACUGCACUCACCUCGCGUCUUCAAGAUCGAUCUAGAUCUAGACGUCCAGAUCCGCGCCUUGCGGUGUACGUUGCAUCUGCAUGUUGGCCCCGCCUUCGUCCAGGAUUUGCCCAGCCUCAAGGUCUAAUCACACAUCCUUUGAAUACCUGGCUCCUUCAACGCCUCUUUGUACAUACUGUUACGGGUUCUACACACCCAGCUCAACUCUCUGGAACGGGCGAACCUCCACCUACCCUACCGGAACGGAUUGUCUUUCAAGCCCUGUCUACUCCCAAUUGUCAUCCCAACUGCGUGCGACUUUCCAACAUUUCUCGAGCGCUUUUAGGUGCUUUACCUUCAUUAGCACGGAUGCGUUCCCAGGCUGCAGUCCGUCCAGUGGAUUCCUCAGCAAGUGAAAGAUACGAUAAUUCCCAGAGUCCGCUCGGUUUAAACGUCUCCCGUCGGAUGACUGGUGCAGAGUUAUAUCCCAAUCGCCUAUUGUAUCAGCGCGUACUCAGUGAGUUGAUCGAUCAGGCUCGGUUCAGUGAAGCACUUUCCGAAUAUUUCCACCAGUACUUAUCUGCACGUGAGCAACGAAACAAUACGGCUCCGGUUGAUCUUACACAACCGAAUGGUUUAGAGACGGCCGAAGGACAUUCAAACAUUGUGGGAAAUCAUCUUGGUUCAUCAAGACGUACAGAAACUGUAUCUGGCAUGCUCCAACCUGCAUUGAAGGUGCACCCCUUGGCCCUUCGACGUUUGAACGGCUUGCUGCUCCUUUUUACAGCUCGAAUACCUGGACUCGGGAACGGUGUUGCUUCUGACGAUGGGGACGACGAGGAUUGGAUGAGUGAAUUGCUGCACAUGCCCCUUUUGCAAAUGACCGUACCUUCUACCAUUGUUGACCUCACUUCAACACGGGGUCGUUUAUCCAGAGCGCGCAGACGGCCUGUUGAUGUGUCUACCCGACAAUCCAACUUUUCUGGGGCGGACUGGACUUUUCUGCGACAGCUUCCUUGGGAUAGCAUUAGCAGUACGUCCGAACGAAGAUCAGUUCCCAGACCCACCGUUACCGCAGUGGAUGAAACGUCUUCUGUCGCGAAUUCAAAUGUAGAGUCUAUUUUAUCCUGCCUACACAAUCAGGUUUCUUUGAAUCUGCCUUCUGCGGAAAGCCAUCCUGAAACCGACCAAAGCGAACCACCUAGAUCAAGCCGUUACAGUUCGCCGACGUUGGAAUCUGGUUGGCGAAAUCCCGCCCCAUCUUGCGUUGUUAUCUCGUCUGAUUCUUCAUCCUCAUCAUCGUCUGAUGAAGAAAACAGGGUUGUUCACAUCAACACAGUUUAUCCACUAACUACUGAUGAGUCAGGAUCAGAAACAGAGUCUAAUUGCACUGAGGUUGAGCGUCGUAUUUCUCGUAGCCAGCCCUUAAGGAGUAUCCAGAAGGGAUCCAACGGUGUAACUUGUUUGCAAGAACCUAGCUUGCUGGAAAACGCGGACGUUAGGGAAAUUGAGACAGAUGCAGGUAAUUUGUCGUUGAAUCAAGAACCGGCCACUUCCGUAAGUGCUACGGAACCCGUAUCCCCUGUAGUGGGUAAUCUCGGUACUCCGCGAGAAGAACCCAUGGAGGUGGAUGAGCGACCAGAGGAAGGAUCUGUCAUGGCAACACCUGUUGCUUCCGGGUCUAAACGUCCAGCCAGUUCUGAGACCCCCAAUUCAUCGAACGACGCUGUAUCCGAUCUAAACAGUGGGCUUUGUCCAUCGAAGUUGGCCAGACUGGAGGCCUACUUUUCCGGUCUGCCUCGCGAAUGGCAGCAUAUUUUAUGGUUGCGUGCAAAUGAAAGCUUCCAGUCGCCAUCUAAUACCUCUCGUCCAUCACUGCCUAAGAGAAUGCGGCAUAGUGGGACUGGUGGCAUACGAACUCGAGUCUCGCGUAGUCGCAGUCCGGUCUGCGUCGACGAUACCGAUGAUAGUGACUGCGAAUUACUACACGAGUAUAUCAGUCUAGACAGUGAUUCCUAUUCCUCUGUUUACUCUUCUUCUUCUGCAUCUUCGACUUGCGACUCUGCAUCCCCGGUUCCAUCACUGACGGACCGAACUCGGCACGCUCGAUCCCGCAGCCGCAUUAAACGUUCGAGCAAACACGGUUCUUCGAGGCCUCAUCGACGCCAAUCUUGUCGUCAUUGUCGGAGGGUCGAGUUUAGGCAUCACUGUCGUCGUUCUGACACCGUGAACAACAUUCCCAUGCCUGCUGCUGUAUCUCCAAACUUCGUCGUCACCGCCAUCACCCUACUACCAGUAGAAGGUAUCAUCGUGACCGCAGGGUUCAUCGUCCACGCCGUCCGCCUCUAAAUACACCAAAUUCGCCUAUUCUUAUUUCUGAUGAUGAUGAAGAGCAACAGCACAACGAUAACUUGUUGGUUAGUUCAACGCACACUGAGAACGCUUGCGCGCAACAACAACAACUGCAUCCAACUUUGGAAGGAUUGGUGACUCUAAAAACCUCCGACGAGGCUUUAGACGGUGACUCUAGCGUGUCUCACCGAACGCAGCGACAGUUGUCUUCCUCAAUGGAGUCUACCUCAACAGCAAAGGUGGUUGAUAAGCAAGUGCAGGAUAUGUCCACCUCAACGAAUGAUCUUCACUCACCUCCACCGUCUUGUACAUCUUCCACAAUUCCAGCGCUACCGAUUUUCGAACCUCCGACUAUCGAUGACUUUUAUAGAUUUUUGGAGCGUUUCGAUGCUCACAGUAAUGGAGAACAACCUGUUGAACCAUCACAGCCCCAUGCACAUUCUGAUGAGGUGAUGUGUUCUAAGCCUAAUGUUGAACCUGAAUGUUCUGAAAACGGAGCCAAUCCAUCAUCGCCGCAUGUCUUUCCUACCACUUCCCCGCAUAUCGACGCAAGUGCCGCUCCUGUUGCCUCUCCAUCAACCAGUUCCCCGAGUACAAUGUAACACAUCCAUUUCUCAGUGAAAGGCACCAGACAUGUGCGUGCUAUUACUCCAUUUGUCAACCGCCCUGUGUUUUGUACAGACAUUGACUUUCACAAAAUUGGUGACCCAAUCACCAAGCCACUUACCAGUUGCUGUACAGGCGGUACCCUUCGUGAUCCACUGAGUCCAGUUUAUUUUUUCGCCAAUGUUGCUUUUCUGCUAAUCUCCCAUCCUCUGUCCGCACCGAGAACACAGCUCAAAGUGUAGUUGUUGUCCCACCUGAAAGCGCACUGCUCUGUAGGCUUGUCCAUUAUUCCAGUCGGCUUGAUUUCAGCCAACGCAAAUUUGCUUUAUCCCCAGUCUGGUUCGCCUCUAUGAGCAAGGAGCUUGGGUGAUUUUGCGUUCCCGUCUAAAAUUGGCACCGACCUGGUCGAAGCCUGCUGUCACUAGGUUUUUAUGCGUAUUGUUUUACGACGAAUGUAAUAUAAG